AUGUCUGCUACGAAGAAGCUUGUUGUUUGUGGUGGAAAUGGAUUCUUGGGUCGUUCCGGCGAACCAACAUGGUCCUCAGUCACCGCAUCAUCAACUCCCCCGUCAUGGGCUCACAAAGUAACCUGGGAACGCGCCGACAUCCUCAAGCCCAAAACAUACGCCCCUCUCCUCAAAAACGCAGACUACGUCGUCCACAGCAUGGGGAUACUUCUCGAAGCCGACUACAAAGGUGUAAUCUCCGGCAAAGAGUCUCCAAUCAGCGGUCUCCAGCGCGCAUUCUCAUCCACCAAAGCCGGAUCACAGAAUCCCUUGACCAGGAAAGCAGACGAAGAUUUGCAGCCGCAGGAGAAGGAUGGACAAUUGACGUACGAGCUUAUGAAUAGGGACUCGGCUAUCACGUUGGCGCAGGAGGCAAAUAAGGAGAAGGUUCCAGCAUUUGUGUAUAUCAGUGCUGCGGGUGGUGCGCCGGUCUUGCCUGCGAGGUAUAUUCAGACCAAACGACAGGCGGAGAGUACGAUAAGUAGCGAGUUUCCUACUAUGAGGAGCAUUUUCAUACGACCGGGUUUCUUGUAUGACAGCUCACGGUCGUUUACGGUGCCAUUGGCGGCCAUGACUGGGCUAGGUGCGGCGUUCAAUGGUCUCACGGGAGGGAUCUUUGGAGGACUUAUGGGUGCUGCGGGUGUCAAGCCUUUGAAGGCAGAUCUGGUCGCCGAUGCAGUGGUUGAGGCUCUGGGCGAUGAUACGACUAAGGGCCCCGUCGAAUUGAAGGAGAUUGAGGAACUUGCUCAGAAGGCCUGGAGGAAAGGUAUGCUCUGA